AUGGCCGACGACGAAGAAAAUGAUCCAACAGCACCCUUUAACGAAUUAGAAGUAUUCGAUUCUUUUUGGCACGCUUUAACAUGGAAACAAAUUAAAAAACGUAUUCCAAUAUGUGCAAGCAAAACAGUUCGUAAUCGAUACUUUCUGUCUAAUAUUGUUUAUCUUAUAUAUGCUAUUGGUAUUAUGCUUAUUGAUUUUUCACCAGCAAUAAAUGGAGGACCAGUAACAUACGAAGAACCGUGCAUUUGUGACAAUCUUACUGCUGCCAAUAGCACUGAAGAAGAAGGAGGGGUGGACUAUAAUACAGUUAUAGUCAAUAAAAUGUAUAUUGGAGUAAUACAUGUUAUUUCUGCUACAUUGUAUUGGUGGGCAUGGAAAGAUCAUCGUUGGAAUGAUGUUAUUAUGCUACCUGAAUAUUUAAAUCAUAUUGAAGCAGCUUUAUAUUUAUGGACUGCUAUAUGGUAUUCAAAAGCAGCACAAGAGGAUUAUUAUGAUUAUUAUACUUCAGCAAUUCAUAUAAUUGAAACAGUUGCAGCAUUUGUUGAAUUAUUUGCAUCAUUUGGAUGGAUCAUGUCUUGGUAUCGAACAUAUACACGUACGAUUGGUCGUGGUUUUACAUUAGAUGAUCCCGAUACAGUAGCAUAUACAUUCACAACGUUGAGUUCAUUUGUUUAUAUAACCUAUAAUAUUCAAAUAUUACAAAAUCCAAAAGGUUAUGGUCAAAAUACACUUUAUAUUUAUGGUGAUAUUACUUAUUUUGUCGGUGCUGUUUUUUAUUUAUGGGCAAAUCUGAGAGACGAUGGUUGGCUGUGGUGGAUGCCUGUCGCUGGACAAUAUGGGAUAGCUGCAGGAAGAAUACAAACAGGAAAACAUAUUGAAAUAGGUCUGCCUCAUUUAUUAAUUAGUGGACCUGAGCCAAUUACCAACUGUUGGCGGCAAUGUUGUGAAAAUGCUUUAGACAGACCAAAAAACGAUGUGGUGCCUCUGGAUGAAAAAAAUCAUGAUAUUACAGACUCUACAAAUCGAGUGUGA